AUGCUGCAAUGUUAAAUCGCAUUGCUUCGAAAGAGAUAUUAUUAAUUGCCGAAGACACGAUUGACUGUAUAUCAUAUCUGAGAAAGAAAGUAUCAAAAGUAUUAUCGAAUAAUGAUGAUGAUAAUUCUAAAACUGGACUUUAAAAAGAAAUUGCAAUUAAGAUUGGAGCAAAAGUUAUGAUAAGGCGUAAUAUUGAUGCUACUUUAGGUCUUGUGAAUGGUACAAUAGCUAAGGUAAUAUCAGUUGUACAAGAUACGUCUACCGAUGAUGUAGAAAAAAUAAAGCUUCUUUUACCAUCAGGAUUAGAAUAUUUAAUUGAAAGAGUGAGCGUUAAAUUUGAAGUGGUGGAUAGAGCGUUUGUUAUUAGAAAACAAUUUCCAUUGUGUCUGAGUUAUGGAAUCACCAUUCAUAAAAGUCAAGGAUUGAGCUUACAAAGUGCUAUUAUGGACAUAGGCAACUCUAUAUUUAAUUGUGGUCAAGUUUAUGCUGCAUUAUCACGAGUAACCUCUCUAAAAGAGUUGCAUUUAAUUAACUAUGAUCCUUCGUCAGUAAUAGCUGAUGAAAAAGCUAUUAGGGAAUAUAAUCGACCAAGAAAUCAGUACAAACCAGAAACAGAAAUAAUUACUGUUGCAAAAGAACGUUAUCGCAAAGUGAAAGAUGUUCCAUGGGCAUUGUCAAAAGUAAGUGCUUCAAUUCAAGAGAAUUAUCAAAAUAAAAAAUUACGGCAAAAUGUUGCUUGGGUUUUACAUGGUUUACAAAAUACAGACAAUGUCUCGUGUUGGCCACCCGACAUAACGAAGAACCGGUCAGUUACCGAUUAG